CCGCCGAUCAGCUAACCGUCAAGACCUGGAAGCCAGCCGGGAUGUACAAACGUUGAAGACGCCGGCGUCCCGCACAUGCCGCUUCCAUAAAAACAAUAACCGUUCCACACUUGUACAUAACGUAGUCUUUUGUCAUAUUCGGAUCGAUUUAAAAAGAUGGUCGAGAAAAAGGCGAACAUCAGCGACUUGGGCUUCCUCGAGAAGGUCAAGUACGUUUACGCGAACAUGUCCGUUGAACCGAUGGUCGCUUGGUACAUAAUCGGCAGCGUAGUCGCUUCCCUCGCAACGCAGAAUCUCAAUUUAGAAAAAGCGUGCAGGGUCAAUUUGAAAUUCGAAGACGACGUCUGUAGAGCGUUGGAAAGGAGGGAAACGGGCAACUACACGAAAGAAGAAGCUGCAGUGCAGCAGCUCGUCGCUUCCAUGGCCAUUUGGAAAACGCUCGUCCAGAGCGCCAUCCCCGCGGUUCUUAUCUUGUUUUUCGGCUCUUGGUCGGACAGAAGGGGAAGAAGAAAGCCGUGUAUGUUACUCCCCAUCACCGGGGAAUUUCUCACAGCGAUCGGGCUCAUAGCCUGUACCUAUUUCUUCUACGAGCUGCCCAUGGAAGUGGCCGGUAUCAACGAGGCCCUUUUCCCAGCCCUGACUGGCGGUUGGAUGACCAUGUUCAUGGCGAUAUUCUCCUACGUCGGAGACAUCACAUCCCUUGAAACGAGGACCCUUAGGAUAGGAAUCGUCAACGUCUGCGCUUCCAUAAGCGUGCCGAUCGGAACUGCCGUUUCAGGCAUUCUUUACAAACAAAUCGGCUACUACGGCGUCUUCUCUCUCUCCGCGGCUAUCUACAUCCUCAGCUUCGGCUACGGUUACUACCAAAUAAGAGAAGACCCUAAAAAGCCUGAAGACGCCAAAUCGGAAAAAAGCAGACUAGAAGAGCCAGCGGUAAAGCCGGGCUUCUUCAACUUCUUAAAGGACUUCUUCGAUCUCCACCACAUCAAAGAAACGAUCGUCGUCGCUUUCAAAGAAGGGGACAACAACAGGAAGAAAAGAGUGAUGCUUCUCAUGAUCGUCGUCAUGGUCGUCAUGGGACCAUUACACGGUGAAAUGACUGUCAUGUAUCUGUUCACACGCUAUCGGUUCAACUGGAACGAAGUAGACUUCAGCAUAUUUUCCACAUACAGCAUGAUAACCAACCUAAUAGGAACUGCAAUUUCGGUUGGAGUGUUUAGCCACUUUUUGAAAAUCGACGACGCUCUUAUUGGAGUGAUGUCUUGCAUGAGUAAAAUCCUUGCAGGAUUUGUUUAUGCCUUUGCCACAUCGACUUGGGUGUUUUAUUUAGCUCCAUUGGUUGAUAUUGUAAACGGCACUUCUUUCAUUGCGAUGAGGUCUAUCAUUUCAAAACUAGUCCCUCCUGAUGAAUUAGGAAAAAUAAAUUCUGUAUUUGGACUAGCAGAAGCUAUAGUUCCUGUUGUUUAUGGCCCUCUCUAUAGCGCUGUGUACCGAGCGACUAUGGACACUGUACCUGGGGCAUUUUUCUUACUUGGUGGAGGACUGACUGCGCCAGCUGUUUUAAUAUUUUUGUGGAUGUACACCGAACACAAGAAAGACGCACAAAAAGCAGCAUUUGAUGCUGAAAGUGCACCCAUCAAGCAGGUCGCAACAAACAACUGCGAUGUUUUAACAGUACCACAAAAGAAAGGUGUAAACGGUUUUGAAAACAAAGGAUUUGAACAAGACACUUAUCACAGUAAAUUGUGAAAUUACCAUAUUAAUAAGAAUAUAUUUAUAGAAAGCAAUUAAUUUGUAAAUAUUGUACAGUAUUU